AUUGACCUGCUCCUUCCUUCUAUCCUAUACGUAUUCAUGUUCUCACCCACUUUGUUGCUACACACCAUUGAAUACUAAUUCACCUAUAUAACAAUAAACUGUCAAACAUUUGCAUUGAUCAUCUCAUACAUACUUUUUCUUGAGCAACUUUUCUGAUAAAAAAAUAUGAUGACUGAUAAUCAGAGAAUUCACCCUGCUAAUGACUUGGAGUCACAAACCAAACCAACAAUUCCUUUGUAUCCUCGAAACACUUCAAAAUCUGAUAACCGCGAUCCACCAAUUCCGAAACGUCACUUUCCAGUGAGGCACUCCCAGCCACCAAAGAAGAAAAGAAGUUGCUGCUGCAGGUUCCUGUGCUAUACCUUCACCAUAUUGCUGAUUCUUAUUAUUGCAAUAUCCAUCACCAUCGGGAUUCUCUACCUUGCUUUUAGGCCAAAGCUUCCUAAAUACUCAGUAGACAGAUUGAGAAUAGCACAGUUCAAUCUUUCUGAUAAUAACAAUCUUUUUGUUACCUUCGAUGUAACAGUAACUGCUAGAAAUCCAAACAAGAAGAUUGGAAUAUACUAUGUAGGUGGAAGCAAUAUAAGUGCUUUGUAUAAAGAAACAGAAUUGUGUGAAGGGUCUUUGCCGAAUUUCUAUCAGGGUCAUCGGAAUAUAACCGUGCUUAAUCUGCCUUUAACGGGUCAAACACAGGAUGCGACUGGUUUAGUAAGUACUUUGCAGCAGCAGCUGCAAGAGAAAGGUAAUUUGCCUCUGAAUAUUAAGGUGAAUCAGAAUGUGAGGGUUAAGUUUGGUAAGUUGAAGCUGUUUAGAGUAAAGUUUCAUGUUAGGUGUGAGGUUGUAGUGGAUAGCCUUGGUGCCGAUAAUGAUAUUAGCAUUUCAGACAGUAGUUGUAAGUUCAAGCUCAGGCUAUGAAUUCAUUAGUACUAGUGUAUGUGUGAUAGUUGUAAUAUUAAUACUUGUUUUGUUCUUUUAUGGUUUCCUUAUGAUGAUUUAGAUUUUGAAUAAUAAAGGGAUGGAGGAUUAGGUGUUCUAUCAGCCCUUUGACACACAUACAGUUCUACUUGUACUUUGAUUCUAUUCUUUGAGCCCCUUCUUGCUCAUACUAUGUAUAGCUAUAUGAUAUAUAUAAUUGUUCAUUCUAAAGAAUUGUUAGCAUUUUUU